AUGGCUUCCACUUCAACUCCCUCACAAGCUUUACAAAGUAAUGCCCGGAUAACAACCUUCCGACCAUCGGAAACAACCAAAGGAGUCCACAUAAUUCGAAAUAUUUCAUUCUCAUUACCUUUGAAUAAGUUUUCACUACGUGUAAAUUCUUCUACCACGGCAAAAUAUAAUGAAGUUGUGGUUGACGAAGAAAUGGAUAAGAUUAGGAGGCUCCAAAAUGGGUCGGACGUCCGCGGAGUAGCGGUGGAAGGCGAGAAAGGUCGAACGGUGGACCUCACCCCACCGGCAGUGGAAGCCAUUGCAGAGAGCUUUGGCGAGUGGGUUAUCAAUAAGUUGGAAAGUGAAGAGGGCCGGAGAGUGGAGGAGGUUAGGGUGUCGCUUGGCCGGGACCCUAGAAUCUCCGGUGCAUCGCUGAGUGUGGCUGUGUUUGCAGGACUUGCUCGGGCUGGUUGUAUGGCGUUUGACAUGGGGCUUGCAACUACCCCAGCUUGUUUCAUGAGCACAGUGUUGCCUCCAUUUGAGUGUGAUGCUUCAAUAAUGGUAGUGUAG